UCCACAGUUGUCAUUAACUGCCAGUCUAACGGUAUCUCACUGAGGAAAUACAGACACGUUUCGAGAUAUAAAGUUACUGUAAAGUGAAACAUUUAGCGUCGUUCUUUAAAACAGCGUUCACCAAAGUCCCAGAUAUGGUUUUAAAGUCGGAAGACGGAGUUGUGCCUGAUGAUCUCAGUCCAGAGGAGAGACAGGAGCUGCACAGCAUCCACCGCAGAAAACAGGAGCUCCUGCAGGACAUACAAAGGCUAAAGGAUGAGAUAGCAGAGGUGACCAAUGAGAUUGAACACCUGGGCCUGACUGAAGAGAGGAAAAGCAUGCAGAAGAAUAAACAGAUGGCCAUGGGCCGAAAGAAGUUCAACAUGGACCCCAAGAAGGGGAUUCGCUUCUUGAUUGACAGCUCCCUGCUGAAAAACACCAGCGAUGACAUCGGCCAGUUCCUCUACAAGGGCGAGGGGCUAAAUAAGACCGCCAUCGGCGACUACUUAGGCGAGAGAGAUGACUUCAACAUCGAGGUUCUGCACGCCUUCCUGCAGUUACACGAGUUUUCAGACCUGAACCUGGUCCAGGCUCUCAGGCAGUUCCUGUGGAGCUUCCGGCUGCCCGGUGAGGCUCAGAAGAUCGACCGCAUGAUGGAGGCGUUCGCCCUGCGAUACUGUCGCUGCAACCCCGGAGUGUUUCAGAGCACAGAUACCUGCUAUGUGUUGUCGUUCGCUGUGAUCAUGUUGAACACGAGUCUACACAACCCGAACGUGAAGGACAAACCCUCCGUCCAGAGAUUCACAGCCAUGAACAGAGGCAUCAAUGACGGGGGAGACCUACCGGAGGAGCUACUCAGAAACCUGUACGACAGCAUCAAGAACGAACCCUUUAAGAUCCCGGAGGACGAUGGGAACGACCUCACACACACCUUCUUCAACCCCGACAGAGAAGGAUGGCUGCUGAAACUCGGAGGUGGACGAGUGAAGACCUGGAAGAGACGCUGGUUUAUCCUGACGGAUAACUGCCUCUACUACUUUGAAUACACAACUGACAAAGAACCCAGAGGAAUUAUUCCACUGGAAAAUCUGAAUAUCAGGGAGGUCGAUGACUCCAAGAAACCGAACUGCUUCGAGCUCUUCAUCUCGGCCCACAAAGAUCAGGUGAUCAAAGCCUGCAAGACGGAGGCAGAUGGACGCGUCGUCGAGGGAAACCACACUUUUUACAGAAUCUCCGCCCCGACCGCAGAGGAGAAGGACGAAUGGAUCGACAGCAUCAAAGCGGCCAUCAGCAAAGACCCGUUCUUCGAGAUGCUGGCCGCUCGCAAGAAGAAGGUCUCGUCUCUGAAGGGGCUGUAGAGCUGCUGAGGAUUACAUCGUGGGAAGGUUUGACUGGACGAGGACCCGACUCCUUCGCUGCUGCUGCAGUGACGCUUGGACCCGACGGAGGAUUCGGCUCUUAAAGAAGCUCCGCCUUUGUCCGGUUUGGACCGGUGCAGCUUCGGUACCGACGGCUCGUUCUCUGCCCUCCCGUUUAAAGUUUAAUUUCCCACCCAGAGAUGAAAUGAUUCAGUCGGAGAGCUUUUUAUAUUGUAUCCUCUUUUUGAACACUACUACUUCUGCAGCUUUGAAGCUGGGCCCUGUGGUGAGCUCUCUCUCUCUGCUGCUCCUCAAACAGGAGAUGUUUUCACUGGUUGAUCUCCAGGUGAGAAGACGGCUGCUGAUGUUUGAUAGAAACCUUUCUACACCUUUUAUGAAAGACCCAUUACAUAAAAGGAGAAGGAUGGGAACAGCUGAUGAAUGAAUCGCAUCUUACAUUAAGGGGAGUCAGAAAACACUGAAAAUAUCAGCUGGAAAACAUUUCAUCAGCUCUUCCUGGACGCUGGACUUUGUUGUUGUAUUGUCUGACAAAACAAAUCUCUUUUCUAAGCCUGUUUUCUUACUGCUGUUGGUCUUGUCAAAGCACUGUAAUGAAGGCGAUGCAUCAAUAGCUACAUAUUUAUUUAUCCAGAUUUCUUUAAUUUAUUGUUUUGAGUUUUGUCUCAUUAAAAGUUUGCAAACCAAAAUUUUACGUUGAAAUAAAAGUCAAUGAAGACAAACCAGGA